UUGACCCCUUUUUCUUGGUCAUAUAAAACUGCAACACUUCGAAACCAAGCGCCAGUCCCGCUGUUAAAAGUCGGUUUUGAUUCUAUUGAACAUAACACGAUGCAACUGAUCCUUGUUUCCUGUCUGGUUGCAGUGGCUUGUGGACAACACCACCACAAUUUGAACACACAUGAAAUUCAGCAGCUUGUGGACAGCGGCUUUGGGACCUUGGAUGUGAAUCCAACCGAUGGGCAGCUGGAAUACGACGAACUCGCCAAAAUAUUUGAUCAGAGGGACGUAAACGCUGAUGGAUUCUUAACAAAAGCUGAGUUUGAGGCCCAUGUAGGGCUAGAUUUCCUUUUUAAGGAUCCUCUCUUUGGUCAUUUUGAUGCGAAUCACGACGGAUUUCUCGAUAAGACCGAAUUUGUCGACACCGCAUUCCAGAAAAUGAACCACAACCAUGACGGUAUAGUAACAAGACAUGAAUUUGACCAAUAUUACACACAGCUUAUCCAUCAUCUCAACACGCACCAUGGAUGAUACACUAAUGCAUGUGCCCAGUAUUCGUGUUUCGGAAAUAAAUCAGGAAAAAGAAA